UUUCCUCCCUUGGAGUGCAGUUUGAAAGGCAUGCUGCAAAGACCUUUCCGAGUGGAAUUCCUCUGGCUUUUCUUGAAAGGACUUGCCGGGAUUCACUGCUGGGAGGUUUGGAAUGCCCGAGAGAUGAAGCUUCUUGCGGCUAGUGACUUGUUCCUUUUCUGCUGUUCACCAAACACAUCUGGGCUUGGAAGGGCCCUGUGAUCCUCCAGCUUUAGAAUGGGCAAUGCUGUUGAAAAACAGAAGACCCUGAAUAGAAGCCAUCUGUACCCUUGGAAACAAGACUCUCAGCGUUCUCAUCUCUCCUCCUUCACCAUGAAGCUGAUGGACAAAUUCCACUCACCCAAAAUCAAGAGAACACCAUCAAAGAAGGGGAAGCCAACUGAAGUGUCAGUGAAGAUUCCAGAGAAGCCUGUGAACAAAGAGGCAACAGACAGAUUUCUACCAGAGGGCUACCCUCUCCCCUUGGAUCUGGAGCAGCAGGCAGUAGAAUUUAUGUCCACCAGUGCUGUGGCUUCCAGGUCUCAAAGGCAGAAGAACCUGAGCUGGCUGGAAGAGAAAGAGAAGGAAGUUGUAAGUGCCUUGCGCUACUUUAAGACCAUUGUGGACAAAAUGGCUAUUGAUAAGAAGGUACUGGAGAUGCUUCCAGGGUCAGCUAGCAAGGUGCUAGAGGCCAUCCUACCCCUGGUGCAGACUGAUCCUCGAAUUCAACACAGCUCAGCUGUUUCUUCCUGCCAUAGCCGGGUGUACCAGAGUCUCGCCAACCUUAUCCGUUGGUCUGACCAGGUGAUGCUAGAAGGUGUGAAUUCAGAAGAUAAGGAGAUGGUGACCACAGUGAAGGGAGUCAUCAAGGCUGUGCUGGAUGGAGUGAAGGAACUGGUCAGGCUUACCAUCGAGAAGCAGGGACAUCCGUCUCCAACAAGUCCAGCGAAGCCCAGUUCCCCAGCCUGCAAGCCUGAUGGCCAGUCUGAGCUCCCCCUGACAGAUCGAGAGAUGGAGAUUCUAAACAAGACAACCAGCAUGUCACAGUCAACUGAGCUACUCCCAGACUCGACAGAUGAAGAGGUUGCACCCCCUAAGCCCCCACUUCCUGGCAUUCGGGUGGUUGAUAAUAGUCCUCCACCAGCAUUGCCACCAAAGAAAAGGCAGUCGGCUCCAUCUCCCACCCGAGUGGCAAUUGUGGCCCCCAUGAGUCGAGCCACCAGUGGCUCCAGUUUACCUGUUGGAAUUAAUAGGCAGGAUUUUGACGUGGACUGUUACGCGCAGAGGCGGCUCUCAGGAGGCAGCCACUCCUACGGAGGAGAGUCCCCCCGCCUGUCCCCCUGCAGCAGCAUAGGCAAGCUGAGCAAGUCAGACGAGCAGCUGUCCUCCCUGGACAGAGACAGCGGACAGUGCUCCCGGAACACAAGCUGUGAAACACUAGAUCAUUACGAUCCUGACUACGAAUUCCUUCAGCAAGACCUCUCUACUGCAGAUCAGAUACCUCAACAAGUGGCCUGUAACCUUAGUCCCUUGCCAGAGUCUGUGGGGGAGUCUGGGUCACCAUUUCUUGGUCAACCUUUCCAGUUGCCUCUUGGCAACUGCUCCCAUCUGGAGGGGCCCUCAGCCCCAGGGCAGCAGAUGGACUUGCCACCCGCUCUUCCCGAGAAGAAGCGCAGAAGCGCAGCCUCCCAGACCUCAGACAGCUCUAGCUGCAGGGUGUCCUAUGAGCGACACCCCUCACAAUAUGACAACAUCUCCGAGGACGACCUGCAGAACCCAGCCUCAGUCCACUCCGGCACCUUCAUGCCCUUUGCUGCUAUUCUCCCCUUCCAGCAAGGAAGUUCCGCCACCUCUGUCGAAUUUGUGGGUGAUUUUACUGCUCCUGAGUCAGUGGGUGACCCAGAAAAACCACCUCCCCUACCAGAGAAGAAAAACAAACACAUGCUGGCCUACAUGCAGCUGCUCGAGGACUACUCAGAGCCACAGCCCUCCAUGUUCUACCAGACGCCGCAGAACGAGCACAUCUACCAGCAGAAGAACAAGCUCCUCAUGGAAGUGUAUGGCUUCAAUGACUCCUUCAGCAGUGCAGACGCCCCACAGGAGCUGGCCCCACCCCCAGCCCUGCCCCCCAAGCAGAGGCAGCUGGCCUCCUAUGCUGCUUCUUCCUUCUCCUCUGUCUCCUACUGUGUCCAGCAAACUAAAGUGGCCUUCACCCCCGAGGACGGCAGUGCCACUCAGGGCAUCAGUGUAUCCGUCUCUAACUCCUUUCUCAGCCGGCACAGCAACUUAUCUGUGCCCUCGUACAAGUCUGUGUUUAGGUCCUACUCCCAGGAUUUCGUGCCUCACAGCCAAGCUUCUGUUCAGCCUUUCCUUCCACCUACCUCCUCUUCCUCUCCACAUUUCCCACCUGUCCACCAGUCUCAGAGCUCUGACUUAGCGGUGCCACCUGUGGCCAGUCCACCUCCCAGCGCCAUGGACGGGCCUCUCUCAUCUUCUCAGGAGAGCGACUUUCAUGGGAACACUGUCUGCCUUCCUUCUGAAACUUCUUUCACUGACUCGCCCCAGACGCCUUCGAGUGAAAAUGCCAGUGAGGACACGGGUGAGGGUGAAUACGUCAGUCUGUAUUCCUCUGGCCAGAGCAGCAAGGAGCUGGCUCUCUCUGGAGGAGAAUCACCAGCUGUGAAAGAUGGACACCCCAGAGACCCCUCAUCAACCAGUGGUACAGCCGGGAAGGAAGGAAGGGACGGCGGUGAAAGGUCACCAAAGUCACCAGAUGCUCCAGAGUCAGCUCAGUCAGAGGAAGUAGAUGAGCUAUCCCUCAUUGACCACAGUGAAAUCAUGUCCAGACUGACGCUGAAGCAGGAGGGUGAUGAUGGGCCAGAUGUCCGCGGAGGAUCAGGGGAUAUCCUGCUUGUCCAUGCCACCGAGACAGACCGGAAAGACUUGGUGCUGUACUGCGAGGCCUUUCUCACCACUUACAGGACCUUCAUCACCCCCGAGGAGCUCAUCAAGAAGCUCUGCCCCACGUAUGAGAAGUUCUCUCCCUUCGCUGACACAUUCAAGAAGCGUGUGAGCAAGAAUACGUUCUUUGUGCUGGUGCGGGUGGUGGAUGAGCUCUGCCUCGUGGAGUUGACAGAAGAGAUCUUAAAGCUGCUGAUGGAACUGGUCUUCCGCUUGGUGUGCAAUGGAGAACUCAGCCUGGCCCGCGUGCUCCGGAAGAACAUCCUGGACAAGGUGGACCAGAAGAAGCUACUCAGAUGUGCCGACUCUGACCAGCCCCUGGCAGCCAGGGGUGUAGCAGCCAGGCCGGGCACCUUGCAUGACUUCCACAGCCACGAGAUAGCGGAGCAGCUGACGCUGCUGGAUGCUGAGCUCUUCUACAAAAUAGAGAUCCCCGAGGUUUUACUUUGGGCAAAAGAGCAAAACGAAGAGAAGAGCCCUAAUCUGACCCAGUUCACAGAGCACUUCAACAACAUGUCCUACUGGGUUCGGUCAAUAAUCAUGUUACAGGAAAAGGCUCAAGACAGGGAACGGCUACUCUUGAAGUUCAUCAAGAUCAUGAAGCACUUACGGAAAUUGAACAACUUUAAUUCCUACCUGGCCAUCCUCUCAGCACUGGACUCGGCCCCCAUCCGCAGACUGGAGUGGCAGAAGCAGACAUCUGAGGGUCUGGCAGAGUACUGCACACUGAUUGACAGCUCAUCUUCCUUCCGGGCCUACCGGGCUGCCCUGUCAGAAGUGGAGCCGCCCUGUAUCCCAUACCUGGGGCUCAUCCUUCAAGACCUCACCUUUGUCCACCUGGGAAACCCAGACUACAUUGAUGGGAAGGUGAAUUUUUCCAAACGGUGGCAGCAGUUCAACAUUCUGGACAGCAUGCGGUGCUUCCAGCAGGCGCACUAUGACAUCCGGAGAAACGAUGACAUCAUAAAUUUCUUUAACGACUUCAGUGACCACCUGGCCGAGGAGGCCUUAUGGGAACUGUCUCUGAAAAUCAAACCCAGGAACAUAACAAGGAGAAAAACAGACCGGGAAGAAAAGACCUAGAAGCAGGUGUCAAGAGCAAGGAGAACGCUCCAGCAAGGCUCAAAGGGCAGCUCCGAGACCAAAAAGGGACCUUGGACCUGUUGUGGCUGUGGUGUCCCAGCCUUAGAGCCACAAGGCCCAGCCAGGCCUCGUUUCGGGCAGGAACCCAGAGCCUGUGGCAGCUUCCUGCCUCCCUCCCCUCUUCCGCAGGAGGGGACCCCAGGGCCUACUCUGGAUCCAGCAGGCAGGUUCUGUCCUGAUUUGUGAACUGGUGGUUUUCUGUUUUGGUUUGGUUUCUGCUUUCACUUCUCUCUUCCCCUCUGUCCCUCCCACUGACAUCCCUUUGGUCUGGGAGCAGCAGGAAUCCUUACCCCUCCUUAAGCUCCAGGGUUCUGCUGAAAUGAGUGGGAGCACUGGAUGAGCAGAAAGCAGAGGGGAAUCUGUUUGUACAGUCCAGGCUCUGCCUUUUGGAGCAGAGGAUGGUGGGGGGUACGACAGGGAGCCUUGUCGGCAGCCCUGGAGCUCCUAUAACCAGCUGGCUCUCAGUCCUCCUAUAGCAUGUGCUGGCUCUCUGCACAUCACCUCCCUCCAGUGGUCUGGUGGGCGAGCCAGGGAGAACUGUACCAGGAGGUAGCUUUAUCUGAGCAGGCCGGUAGCUCUGAGUGAGUUGAUCCAGAAAGGGGACAGUGGAGGGGCAUUUCUCUCCAGAGGAGACCCCCUCCUCUGCUUGCUUUGUGCCUUAAACUCCUGUCCCUCCCACACCGUGGACACCGCGCCUACCCUGCUGGUUCUGGUGGGGCUGCGCCUCGUCUCAUCAGAUGCCGCCAGUGCUGUUGCUGCCCUGGGUCGGUGUGGGCUGGGCAGGCUUGCUUGUCCUCCGGGGGGAGUGCAUUUUCCAGCCUCCCAUUCAAAAACCACUCUCGCUGCUGAGGUUGACAAUCGAAGGGGGGGGGUCUCUUCACCAGAGCCGCCUUGCCCCCCAGAAUCCGUCCUGUUAGGAGUGAGAGUUCACUACUCCUGGGUGGAGACUUAGUUAGGCGAAUGCCAGGAUCUAAGUGUGCGCUGGCCCAGUUUCAUCAGAACAAACUAGAAAGCGGCAUCCAAUUGUUUACUUU